ACGAACUUUUCUAUUUAGUUAUAACCAAUAUAACCUUAUGACUUUGAAAUUCAAGGACAUCAAACUUAACAAGGUGCGUAGAUUGUUUAUUAUUGUUUAGGUGAAUAUUAAAUAUAAAAUUAAAUUUUUAAUUACCUUACUUUAAUAAAAUAUAACAAUAUAGUUAGAAUAUAUAAUUAUUAAAAAGAUGUAUUCUGAAAUACACAUUGAUAACGUCAAAAUUAAUAAUAUAACUGAGUCAGUCAAUGCAAAAAGGGCAUAUUUUUUUUUAAAGUUACUUUUUUUGCUUAUUAAAGUUGAAAUGGGUAAACAUGUUAGGUAUAAAUAUGGCACUUUUUUGUCCUAAGCUCUUUUAGGGCUGAUGGUUCCAACUUCAUGGUAAAUUUACUCGUGAGAUAAACGUGUCCAUUUUUACUUUUCUUUUUAAAUAAGAAAAGACAGGUAACAAGUACCUGUGGGAUAAAGCUUCCCAUUGAAUCGAAACAAUUUGCCUUUAAGGAUUUAAAGUAGAUGUUGAAAAUAAUCAAUUAAUUCAGAAAGGUGCUAUUAAUUCAAGGCUAAUCUAUCUUUUUUCCUAUUUAACAUCAUUUUUUUAUUUUAAUGUUAAGUUCUAUAAUUUUCAGGCAACAUGAUAAUGCAUUUAUCUUUCUUUAUUUGCACGACUUUAUCUUUGAUCAUAUAAAAGUUGAUAUAUACAUAUAUAUGCAUCUUUUAUUUAAUUUUAUGUUUAUUACAUUUGUUGUAUGAACACUUUAAAGUUAUUAAUUAUGUAUUUACUAUUUAUUUGUUAAAUAUAUAAUUGCGUCUUAUGAAGAUAAUGUAUGUGUACAGUCAAAACUUUUGUUCCGCUAUAUAAUAUUAAUUUUAUAAAUUGACAUAUUAAAUUUAUUGAAUGUUUUCUAUAUUUAACUUGUGUUUGGCUUUUUUGAUAAUAUAUUCUUUAAUUUACUUUUUUAUCGUAUAAUAUGUAAGUUUUAAAAUUUUUGUCUUGGAUUUUUUUUCAAUACAAGGUUGAGAAAGACUUGGUUUUCUUGACGAUUUUUUGCAUCAAAGAUGUUAUUGUAAUUUAAGUACAGGAUUGAAAUUUUUCAAAAUAAAAUAAAAAUCUGUAUUGUGUUAUAAAAUGAAUGUUUUGAUUUUGAUAUUAACAUUGAGUACAGAAGAUAAGUCUAAAUUUGAAAUUUAUGUUUAUUAUUUAAUGCACAAGCAUUGAUUUAAUGCAUAGUACUGAUUGUUGUAAAAAGUUGGAAAGUUUCCUUAAAGUUUUUGAGUUUUCCAAAUUUUAUGUACAACAAUUCUCAGAGAAUUUUGCAAGUUAUAAAAUGUUGCAAUAGAAAUGUUUUUUUAAUAUCUAUGGAGUAUUUUUGAAAACACCCCGAACCAAAAGUCAUUAUGACAUUAAAAUAAUAUUGGUUCCAAAAUGAUUAUUAAAAGUAAAUUUUUUAUCCAUCACAUUUCAUCUUUAUGUUAUUUUAACGUUACUGUGACUUGUUCUUGGGUAUAGCUUGUCAUAAUAAACAAAACAAUAAAUUGAUAUAACUGUAUUUUGUACAAUUGAACUAUUGGAUGAUAUUUAUACUAAUGGAUUGGGUAGUGUAGUAGUAUGUUAAAUAGUAUAUAAUAUUUGCUUGAGUCUUUUAAAAAAAAACUAGAUGUUAUUUGAAUAUCAACUUUAAGUUUUUAUUUUAUAUAAGAUGCAAGUCCAGUGAUUCAAAUUUUGCGCCUCUACUAAGUGAAAUCUAGCAUGAAAAAUUUAAUGUUUUUAAAUAAAAACAUUAAAUUUUUUUUUAAAUAAAAAUCAACUUUUUUAAGAAUCUUUUUCUGUUAUUUAUUGUAUUUCUUUUUUUAAAGAUAAUAGGUGAGCAGCAUUACAUACAAUCGUUGAGUUAUUAUUUUGACUCAUAAUAUUUUAAUAACAUUAAAAUAUAAACAUUUUGAUAAAAUGUAAACAUUUUUUUUAAUUUAAAUUGUAUCAUACUUUAUUUUUAAAUUAUUAUAUUUGAACUUAAACUCAAAACAAAAUCUUUACACUAUUUUAGAUUAUAAACAUGCUUAAAAAGAAAUUUAAGAGUGGCAAGAAGAUAAAUGAAAAGAAUAAGAAAAAAAAUUUUUUAAUUACAUUAAAGAAAAAAUUAAGGAAAAAAUACAACUUGAAAAAAUAAAAAUUGAAAAGAAUGAAAUAAGAAGAGAUUUUUUAAGGAGAAAAUGGGUGUAAUUAAAAUUACAAACAAGGAAAAAAGGUAAUGUCAAUAAGAAGUCUAUAAGAAGAAAAAAACAAAAAGAAGAAACAUGAAAUCUUCACAAAAAAGAAACUUAUUUUAAAAUUAUCUUUUAUGACUAUAAGUCAAAUGUUUAUAUGUAAAGUUUAUUUAUUAUUUAUAUAUUAAAUAGUGAGAUAUAUACUACAAUUUCUACUGAAUAGGAAUACAUUUUAUUACAUUCAAAUAAUGAUUAUUUGUAAUAAAAGUCUUUAAAGUGAUAGUUUUUGUAUUUGUAAUAUGUGAGACGUUCCUAACAUAAAAAGAUUAAUUUUUUACUAAUUGUUACAUAAAAAAUAAUUUAAACAUCUUUUUUUAAUAUCUUCCUUCUUCUUUCUUGUGUAAUAGUCUUAAAGCCUGUUUUUUCUCUCUUGCAUAUGUAUCUGUGAUGCGCAUGUAAAUUGUACAUAGACAUAUGGGACCUACAGUUUAAUGCUACCUUCGAAUAGUUAAGACAGAGAGAUCUUAUAGGCAUAGAGUACUCUUGAUGACUUGCUAUUCCAAUUAAGAGGAGAAACAAUUUUUGGUCUUGGCCGGGAUUGAACCCGAGAUCUUUGGUGUAACAGAUUAAUACGCUAUUCGCUACAGUCGUUGUUUUUAAUAUCAUUUGUCUUAAACGAGUAGAAAUCGGAACAUCGAUCUUAUCUUACAAUCAAUAAUGUUUGACACAUGAAAUAUUAAUCUGCAUCCAAAAUAUAUACACAGGAAUUUGUUUAUAGGUACAUGUAUUAAACUAAAAGCUUUUUUACAUAGUUUGGAUAAAAUGGCCACUGUAGUGACAACGAGCGCAAAAAGAAUCACACAAGUCAGAAAUAUACGGCAAGGGAGCGUGAUAGACAUAGACGCCGAUAUGUUUCUCAAGAUAUCCAAUUAUGAAGAUACCGUUAAACAACUGGAUAUAUAUUAUGGAAUCGUCAAGAGACAAUUACUGCGCUAUCAAAGUUGCAUUACUGGCUUGUUCCCGAAAAUUUCGAUUGAUCGAAACGUUGGCAGCGUGCGUGAAAGUAUAUAUUGUGCAGCUGCAAUAUGGAGUUUAUAUCAAGCAUAUAGACGUAUAGAUGAUGAUCGUGGAAAAUCGUAUGAGCUGGGACAAUCUGCGAUAAAAUGCAUGCGAGGUAUCUUAGAGUGUUGGAUAAAGCAAUCUUCCAGAAUAGAACUUUUUAAAAAAAAUCAAUGCGACCGUUAUGCAUUGCAUUGCAAAUUUCAUUUGGAUACUGGUGAUGAAAUCUAUAAAGAUGCUGAUUAUCAUCAUUUACAAAUCGACAUCGUGUCUCUUUAUCUGAUAUUCUUAGUACAAAUGAUUUCCUCUGGGCUACAAAUUAUAUAUACACAAGAUGAAGUUGCCUUUGUGCAAAACUUAGUAUAUUAUGUCGAAAGAGCAUACCGUACACCAGAUUACGGUAUGUGGGAACGUGGGAGUCGAUAUAACGAUGGAACGCCCGAAAUUCAUGCCAGCUCUAUUGGAAUUGCAAAAAGUGCAUUAGAAGCAAUUAAUGGUUGUAAUUUAUUUGGCGAAAAAGGUGCAUCUUGGUCCGUGAUAUAUGUUGAUAUUGAUGCACACAAUCGUAAUCGUAGUAUCUUUGAAACAAUGCUUCCAAGAGAAUCAAGUUCGAAAAGUGUAGAUGUAGCUUUGUUAUCAACAAUAUCUUUCCCUGCCUUUGCAACUCAUGAAGAGGUAUUGUACAACGAAACAAAAACGAACAUUGUCCACAGGUUAAAAGGCAAUUAUGGUUUUAAACGAUUUGGAAGGGAUGGUUAUAAAACAGUACUCGAGGACAAACAGCGACGUUAUUACAAAUCGGGAGAGAUUAAGGAUUUCGAGAAUAUCGAGUGUGAAUGGCCUUUGUUUUACAUUUUCAUGAUAAUAGAUGGUGUAUUCAAGAGUCUAUCGGAACAAGUGGAAGAGUAUCAAAAUUUAUUGAAAGCGAGAGUGCACAAGGAUUUGAAUGGAGAUCCAGUGAUUCCUAUGUACUACUAUGUGCCUAUGGAAAAUUUGGAAACUGAACGAAACGAGCCAUGUAGCACUUAUCGACUGCCUAGUGAGGAAGGAAGAAUUUCUAAGUCUGCAGAUCAAGAAACUCCAAUAUAUCUAUGGAAUCAAGCCAUGUUUGUAAUUGCACAGUUACUUACCGCUGGUCUUCUGCACAUUAAUGAAUUAGAUCCGAUUCGUCGAUAUCUUCCAUCUUAUAAUCGUCCGAGGCGAGCAGGAAGAUAUUCUGCUUUUCAGGGCACUCAUACCGACCUAGUUGUACAAAUAGUUUUGAUCGCAGAAUCUAUGCGAUUGCAAGCUAUGAUGGCAACAUAUGGCAUUCAGACGCAAACACCGCAUGAAGUCGAACCUGUUCAGAUUUUAUCAUCCACACAGCUUGUAAAAGUUUACGAAAAGUUAGGAGUGAAUAAGAAAUUGAAUCUCCAGGGACGACCCGCGCGACCUAUAGGCUCUUUAGGUACAAGCAAGAUGUAUAGAGUCUGUGGGAUGACAGUACUCUGUUAUCCUCUGAUCUUUGAAGUAUCCGAGUUUUAUUUGUACAGAGACAUGGCUCUGCUAAUUGAUGAUAUCAAAACAGAAUUGCAAUUCGUAGGCAAGUAUUGGCGUCUUUCUGGUCGACCCACUGUAUGUCUUUUAAUACGAGAGGAACACAUGCGAGAUCCGCAAUUUAAAAAAAUGUUAGAUCUCUUUGCGAUGUUGAAGAAAGGCUAUUGCGAUAAAACAAAAGUACGCAUUGGUCGGCUACAAAAUCUGAUUUCAUCUUCAUGCAUUGAGCACUUGGAUUUCGUAAAUAUUAUGGAAACAGAUCUGGAUUUGACACAGUUUAAACAAUUGCAACAUGAUUAUAUUGGCUAUCAAAGUCUCACGGAUGUUCCAAAGGCCAUCACUUAUUCCGAAAGCGUUAAGGAUUAUUCUUAUAUGCUAAAGGAGUCUCUUGGCAACAUAUUAAACGAACUUCGCAAUAGCGUUGGCUUGUAUGCAAAGUGUCAAUUAUAUGGUAUUUUAAUGAAACGAGAAGGAAUUAAUUAUGAAGUUAAUGGGGUUACAGUCCGCGAUAAUUUGAGAUCGUUAUAUCAACAAGCUGGAUCCUUAAGGUUCUGGAUGGCCGUACGUUACUGCAGCAGUCUGUUGAAUCAUACAGUAGAUAGCAUCAGUCCUUUCAUCACAGGUGUACUAGUCAAAGGAAAACAGAUUGCGGUGGGAGUGAUCGGACAAAAGGAAACAGUAUUUGACAAACCUAUGACGCCGGCGGAAAUACAGUCAGUGAUGUAUUCGACAAUACAGCCGCAUAAUGUGGUGCAGGCUGUGCUUCAACAAGAAAUCUUAUUGUAUUGUGGUAGACUUAUUGGUACUAAUCCAGAAAUGUUCAAAGGCAUAUUAAAAAUACGCAUUGGGUGGGUCUUGGAGGCGAUGAAGCUUUACUUGCAAAUGUUUGUGAAAGAUGCCAAGCCGAUUGAGAAUUACAGUCCUUAUGAAGUCCGACAGUUUCUUAUUAAAGUAUUGACAGCAAAGGAAUGGGCUCAGGAGGAAAACUUGACGGUGCUGGGUCGUCGAAAAAUCGAAGGUUGCCUGUGUAGAGUGCCGGCACACUUUUACAAUCAGGUAUGGGAAGUCUUAAUGCGCUGUCCUGGCGGUAUCGUAGUGAAUGGACAUGAACUUCCUCAGCAAACCACAUUGUCCAGCAUGACUCGUUCUGAACUCACAUUUGCUCUACUCGUAGAAUCUUUGUUGCAUCAUAUACAGCUUCCAGAAUAUCGUCAGAUUACAGUCGAACUCUUAAGUAUCAUGUCGACUAUUCUACUUCGAAAUCCAGAAUUAAGUUUUCACAAACACCUAAAUCUCAAUCAACUCGUAGAAGAUAGUCAUGUCAUGUAUUGCAAGGAUCAUAAUUUAUCAAAUGUCGAUGAUAAAUCAUCAUUUUUUUCCGCGCAUUAUUCGGUGACCACGGGAUAUCUUGCUAGAGCUGUAGUCAACAACGUUCUUACCGGUGGCUGCGUGACGACUAUCGUGGAUCCCGGUAAUGUCGUUGAAUCGCCCCGAGAAAUGUGUAAAAUUACAUAAUAAUACGAAUUGAUCAAGAGCACUAAAUUUGAGAAAUUUAUUAUUUAAGGUUAGCAAAAAAGAAUUGUAUAUAGAUGCAUGCAAUAUAUCUCGUUAUGUAUAUAUGUAUUAUAUUUAUAUAAAGCGAUGAUAUAAUAA